UUUUUGGUAAUAAUAUUGCAAUACAAGUAAAAGGUCACCUCCCAAAAUUUCAGGCGAAUCAAAAUUAAAUCCACCGAGAUCGAGGCAGACACAUAUACCAUCACAGGCAUAGUCAAUCCCAAACCUCUCUCCGGUUAGCUCCCCUGCAGUGACUCCAGUGGCACCUACAAUCGCCCUACAAUAACACAAUUAUCACAAAAUAGUCACAGUAGAGAACCCGCUCUGGAUUCUUACCCAGGUAACUGUCAUUGGAUCCUCUUUGUUUGUUGCAAUAGACGCCGUCUUAAUUUAACUGUCGCUUUUAACCCCAACCAACGCCGCAUCGGUUUCUCCGCCGCCGCCUCCGUCUAUUACUACUCAUGCAGACUUCCGAUGGUUAUUCUUCGAAUUCUCAGUUUUCAGCCUCGUUCGCAGGUUCGCGGCGAGAUGUUACUUACAGCUGUGGUUCCUGUGGCUAUGAUUUAAACCUGAAUUCAUCCAGUCGGAAUACAUCUACCAUUGGUUCCAAAUAUGGUAAAUCUAUCAAGAAAGGGAUCAUAUCAUUUUUCUCAAUUGAUGAGAGCCGAUUCAGUCAGGUUGAAGAAUUUAGUUGUGUACCCUACUUCAUCUCCAAGCACUCUUGGGGUAUUUUCCGUCGGAGAACAAAACUCCUAUGCCGGAAAUGUGGGAACCUUAUUGGAAUUGCUUCUGACCUGAACAACGCUUCUUCCAUCCACCUCAUAACAGAUGGGUCAGAUUCACCCUCUAGCAGUGAAUUCUCCAGCAAGAGAAAGUAUGACAUCAGGAUUCGUUCCUUGCAACCUAGUUCAGCUGGUUUCGGGACGCCUCUUGUCUCAUGAUGGUCUUGUGAUGAACUGUAACCAUAUAAGCAUUGAAACAAAUGCUUUACACGGUGAAGAAGUCAUGUUGGACCCCCACAAUCCUUGAUGACAAAUUUUUUUCUGCGUAAGUACGAAGCAGAAGGUAAGUUGCUUGUAUAGAAUUUGGGUUUUUCCGUAUUUCUAUUUCUGCUUAAUCAUUAUUAGCAAAUUCAUAUGUGGUCGAGUUGAAUGAAUGAUAGCCGAUGUGUACAAAACUAUGAAACCUGCAUCAGAUGUGGGGAUUAUGUUGAUGGUUGGAAUUCAGUGAUUUGUUCAUUGUUUGUUGA